CCUCUACUCGACUACUCCCACCCACGGCACAACACAGCACAUGCACCCUGCUUCUCCCUCCCCAUUUCUUGCAACUGUUCCGUCGAGGUGGUGACAGUUCUAGAUUAGACACCACUUGCUCGGUCUCUCUUGCUCUCGCUCGCUUGCUCGCUCUCGAAUCGCGGUUGGGGUUGGGGUUGCGGCAUGGGAGCAGAGAAGGAGGAGGAGUAUGCGGCGGCAGCGGACGCGGAGGAGUCAGCUUCCACGAAUCAGCGCACCCUCAGCCUCAAAGGCUGGUGAUUGGUUAUGUGUCUAUGACAAAUGAGGUUCUAGUUUGUAAUGUGCCAGCGCACGCUGAUCUUCAAAACAAAAAAUAUGCCUUACUAUUUGUUUUACAGUUCCAGCAGCGUGAAAAAAGUUGACACCAUCAAAAGUCCACAUAAGAAAAGGAAAUCACAGUACGAGCUGGUUGAUCCAAGGCUGUUAUCACUUAAAUACAAGUUUCGGAACCGCUUAUCUCGUCAGGAAGAGGAUUCUGCAACUACAGAAAGCUUAGGAAAUGAUAGCAUUUUCAAGAACAAGAACUCUGGCACGGACAUGGUCAGCAUACCUGAAGAAUUGGACUCUUGUGAUUGUGAGAACACUCUAAGCCUAUUUGGUGGGUGCAUCGAAGUGGAUUCUAAAAAUGGAAUUCAAGGUCAGUCUAUGAGAAAAAUGUAUGAGAUACGGACAUCUGCAUCCAGUAGCUCGAGCAACAAUUUUUCAUCUGAGGCUUUCAGCUCUUCUCAUAGCAGCGGCACCAGAGAAACUGACAGUUGGGUUAUGCAUGAUGUAGAGCAUGAGCAUUCAAGUCUGAUGCUGCAACCACAUGAUGACCUAGAGAGGAUAUAUAAUGUACUUGAACAGUAUGAUGACCUAAUGAAGGACGAAUUAGUGAAUGGCAAUGUCUAUGGUUCUGCUGCUCAUGCUCAUAUCACAGAUGAGAAGCUUUACUCAAACGGCGUUGAUGACUUACAGACCUUGCCAACAGGCCAGACUGGCUAUCAUGGUGAGAAGAAGCUGACCAUUGAUCAAGAAUUUGAGCAGUAUUUUUCAAACCUCAUGCUUUAGAAUGGAAUGGAUAAUUUCGCGACAAAAAAUGUGGCGUUAGACCUGUAAAGGUGGUUUACUUCCUGAGCAAAGUGCGAGCCUUACUGUUGGAGUUCUGUGUAUUUUGUACGCCUAAUGCCGUCACUGAAUGUACAAAUGUGUGAUAUGUGCCCCCUUUGCAGUUUGCCCUUGGCACCAUCAUGUAUGUCUAUUUAUGUAGAGAAGAACAUGUCUAACCUAAAUAGUUUGUUCCUUGUUUGGUUCUU